UGUUGAGUUGCCGGUCGAUGGGUGUUCUACCUAGACCCUUCCGGAUUCUCCGACUUCUCUAUAGUAAGCAGGGGUGUUCGAAAGGUAACUCCGGGCCGCAAUGGCGUCUUUUGUGACCGGGGCGGAACCAUUAGCUGCGUGCAGCAACGAAAACAAAGUCGCGCCCAAAAGCAAACGCUGAGCUGUACCCUGAACUAUGAAUUAUUUGUUAAGUGAAAAAAGACUUCUGAUACAAAGAAAUAGUUUGAACUUACAUAAUUAUAUGAAUGUUAAAAGAUUAAAAUAACUACAGACUUUUAAAACAGGCGUUUCUUAUAUAUCAUGCCAAAAUCCAACCUUUAUUUUAUAGUAUUCAUAGUUGAAUCGUGAAAACAAAUUCUAACAAUGGCGCCAACCACGGAGCUUGAGGAGAUUUCAUUGCCGUUAGGGAACAAGAUAUCUGACAUAGCAAUAAUCAUUAUCAAUCUCACUGAGACUGAAGAAGCUCCUUGGAACUUAUCUGAUUGGGCCAACAACUCACGAUCUCCAAACUUUUCCGGAAUGGAAUAUUUCGGAUUUAUAGUGAAAGGUGCAAUUUUAACGGCUAUUAUUUUGAUGACCAUUUUCGGAAAUACACUGGUUCUUCUGGCUGUAACCUUCACUCCCAAUCUUCGCAGUACGACAAAUAUCUUUAUCGUAAAUCUGGCAAUUGCUGACUUAUUAUUGGGCGUUUUCGUGCUACCGUUUUCAGCUUUCUUGGAGAUGAAUAACAAGCAAUGGAUCUUUGGCUAUACCUUCUGCAAUGUAUGGGCAGCACUAGAUGUUCUUUGUUGCACGGCCUCCAUCAUUAGUCUAUGUGUUAUCAGUGUGGAUCGUUAUGUGGGAGUGACUCGUCCCUUGGCCUAUUCCAAUAUAGUCACUCACUCGAGAGCAACAUUUGCUUGCAUCGCGAUCUGGUUCGUCUCCACUGCAAUCUCGGUAGGCCCUUUACUAGGAUGGAAGGAACCCCCACCAGCUAAUCCUUAUAUGUGUGAGGUGACCAAGCAGCUCGGCUACGUGCUCUUUUCGGUCACCUUCUCGUUUUACCUCCCUUGCUUGAUCAUCUUCAUCGUCUAUUUUCGAAUCUACAAAGCCGCAGUGAAGCAGACCAAGUUUCUCGAAACUGGAGUCAAGGUAGUCAAGUCGGCUGGCCACGAAACGACGAAGGAACUCACCCUCCGAGUCCAUGCUGGAGCCCAUCAUGUCCUGAGCCCUGCCGCCCGAAAUGGAACCUAUGGAGACAAGACCAGUAUCAAGGUGACCAUGGCCAAUCUUCAAGGACGUCUGGCAAAAUUCAAAAGGCAAAAGAAAGCAGCCAAAACUUUGGGCAUUGUCGUUGGAGUUUUUAUCCUUUGCUGGUUUCCAUUUUUUCUCAUUCUACCUCUUGGAACUAUUUGCCGCCAAUGUUACAUUCCUAGUCUGCUCUUUGAUAUUUUCUUCUGGACCGGAUACGUUAAUAGCUGCUUGAAUCCCAUCAUCUAUGCUUGCUCGAGUCGCGACUUCAAGAGGGCCUUCCGCUCAGUCCUACACUGCGCCGGCCUAGGAUCCGACCGUGACUUGCAGUCUUUCCGGGCCCGUACCAUCAACUUCACCCUUCGUAGCACCCGCAGACAAGUGGACAAGAAAGAAUCUGUUGGCUCUGGCUUGGACCCGGAGAAGAUGUUCGAUGUGACCAAGAUCCCUCCCUUGAUCCAGCCCCAGUACUCCCUGGAUAGCGAAUCCCCCGGCAGCCUGAAUGAGAACAACGGAGAGGACGAAUUGCCCCCUUCCUACCAGAGCAUCGCAGCACCCACCAUUGCUGAAGCAAUCCGGCGUGUGAAUUCAGUGAUUCGCACUGGAUCUGGCACCGAUACCGAUUGCACAGUCAUUGGUACCUCGGAGUGACAGUCCGGGCUCUCUGCUUGGUAAAAAAAAUUGCUUCUGAUUAUCAGAGGAUGUCUUUUGAAGAGCCGUUUCACUCAAUGGCGAUGAUGCUGUAGUAAUGAAUCAUUCGCUGGUGAAAAGCGGUUCCUUGGCCUAUCAAUUUCUUGGUCUAGACCGAGAAUUGAAGCGUCGGCUUCGCUACGAAGGGCACUAUUGGUUAGAGCAGUGUUUCUCUAAUGUACCACCGCGGUUGAUUUGAAGAUCAUUCUUUUAAGCUACUCAUCGUGUUUUCUGUUAAUGUAUAUCUCAAAAUAGGUGCUCGACCUUUUAUUCUGCUUUUAAAAUCCUUUUAAAGCACAUAUUUUCAAUUUUUUGCGACAAGCAACCUCACUUCUUGUGUUUCGAUGCUCAAAACUGUGGUUUUUGUUUGUAUCUUCCUACCUGAACCGAACGCAAACUUUUUAUUCAUUUGGCAAGAUACAUUCUUUUCUGGUUUUUUUAAAAUUUUUAUAGCAAUCACUGAUCCAGUUUCGAUUUAUGUUUAAUACUAGUUGAUCGAGACGUAUGAUGUAUGUGUGUGAUUCGAUGUAUCUUAUUUUAUUUAAUUGUUAGCGUGAAAUUCGAUGUCGUAUAUAUAUAUUUUGACUCUAAGCACUUGGUAACAUGAGAAAUUCAUCAGAUAUAUAUCAAAUAUUCCGUUGCCUAAUUAGUUCUACGGAUAUUUGUUUUAUUAUAUAUUGUUGUUCUGAUUCUAAUUGGUAAAUAUCUUUAUUCUAGAUAUUAUUCAGUCCUAUUUAAGUGAAAUCUUUCAUUGAAUGUUGUGUUCGUUUUCGAUAUGUGAAUGCUCAAAUCUCAUUUUAACUCCUCACACAUAAAUAUAUUCUCUUUCUGUGGUUUGUUACAUUAGUGUUUGUUACACAAAGCACUUAGUACAUAAUGUAGUCAAUCUGCUAUGAAACGUAUAUCUGUGCUGUAAUCACAAAACACGUGGUUUUAACUCUCAUUUUGUCUGUAAGCGUAUAGCAGCAGUCAUUUGUGUGUUAGAUGCAUGUCAGAAUGUCAACUAAAUAACAUGAUUAGCAUUUUACAAAAAUGUGCAUGACAGACCUCAAUGUAUUUUAUCUUCGAUUCAUUCUUGAAUAUGAGAGUGAUUUUUUCGUUCUCACUCUUUGAGAUGUUUAGUGUGACUUUUGAGGAAUGCUUUCAAAGUAUUAAGACUAUUAAUAGGAUUGAAAAAAUUAUAUUUUCAUCUAUGAUCUUUUAAAAGUAUUCUUUCUUCUAC